CAAAAAAUUAAUAUACUCUGAUCAAAAUCUCUCGUUGCUUACAAACACUCUUAAUCUGAAGAUGUCGCUUUGAACCAAGAAUUCGAAAUAUUGAUUUGCAUCGCCGCCGGUGUGGGGUAGGCUGUCCCGCUGCAAAGUCAACGUCACUUCACACCCUCACCUACCAGAACAAAACAAGCAUCUGUGAUUGUGUGAUUGAGCAUACAACCAAUUGCAAAGAUGAUCAGCCAAGUUGAUUACUCGUUGUACCUUGUGACUGACUCGACAGAAGCCAUCCUAGGCUCGAGGGAUCUUGUCGAGGUUGUUGAGCAAGCCUUGCAAGGAGGUGUUACCAUCGUCCAGUACAGAGACAAGACCAGCGACACAGGUGUUCUCAUCUCAACAGCGAAGAAGCUACACGAGAAAUGCAAGCAAUACAAUAUCCCACUCCUCAUCAACGACAGGGUCGACGUUGCACUCGCCGUAGGCUGCGAAGGAGUUCACCUUGGCCAAGAUGAUAUGAACAUCGUCGAGGCACGCCGUAUCCUAGGAGAUGACAAGAUCAUCGGCGCCACAGUCUCCUCAAUCGAAGAAGCCAGAAUAGCCGUUGAGCGAGGCGCAGACUACUUGGGAAUCGGGACCCUCUAUGCUACCCAGACCAAGAAGAACACCAAGGACAUCAUCGGCGUAAACGGCCUCAGGAACAUCUUGAGCUACCUGGACGAAGCGGGCGAAAAGAGCAAGAAUGUCAAGACCGUAUGCAUCGGCGGCGUCAACGCAUCCAAUGUCCAGCGCGUCAUUCACCAACUAUACGCUCCUCGUUCUCCCUCAUCGAAGCCCAAAACCAUCGACGGCGUCGCCAUAGUCUCCGCCAUCGUCGGCGCCAAAGACCCCAAAAGCGUAUCGUCCCACCUGCAGCACCUCAUCAAAUCCUCUCCUCCCUUCUCCAAAUCUACCGACCCCACCUUCUGGCUUGAAAAGAAUGAAGAUGAGAUAAAAAUCCUUGUUUCCACCGCCGACAAGGCCACCGCCUCCGUGCACACCAAAUCGCCCCUCAGCCAUAACAUGACAAACCUCGUUGUCCAAAACUUCGCCGCAAACGUCGCCCUCGCCAUCGGCGCGUCCCCCAUCAUGGCCAACUAUGGCGAAGAAGCAUCCGACCUCUCACGCUUGGGCGGCGCUCUGGUUGUCAAUAUGGGCACCGUAACCCCCGAAGGGCUGUUGAACUACAAGAAAGCGAUCACUGUGUACAACGCCGCGGGCGGACCGAUUGUGCUUGACCCUGUGGGCGCGGGCGCGACGAGUGUACGGAGGGAUGCGUUGGGGCAGUUACUUGGGGCGGGGUAUUUUGAUCUGAUUAAGGGGAAUGAGAGGGAGAUCAUGGCGGUGGCGAGGGCGAGUGGGUUUACGCUGGACGACUCGAGUCAGCAGCGGGGUGUGGAUAGUGGGGAUUCGCUGUUUAGUCUUGGACAGAGAGCGUAUCUUGUUAGAAGGAUUGCGCUGAGGGAGCGCAAUAUUGUGCUUAUGACGGGCGCGACGGAUGUUGUCAGUGAUGGCGUGAGGACGUAUGCUAUCAGUAACGGACAUGCGUAUUUGGGGAAGAUUACGGGGAGUGGGUGUACGCUGGGGACUACGCUGAGUGCGUAUUUGGCGGUGUGGCCGCAGGAUAAGUUGCAUGCGGCUGUUGCGGGGAUUUUGCAUUACGAAAUUGCGGCGGAGUAUGCAGCGAGGAGGGAGGAUGUAAAGGGUCCGGGGACCUUUGUGCCGGCAUUCAUUGAUGAGUUGUUUGCAAGGGGUGGGUUGGUCAGUGAGGGGAAGGAGAGCUGGGGCAAGGAUGCGAAGGUGGAGUGUUUGAAGGACAUUCCUGAUGCUGGUUUGUUGAAGGAUGUUUAGGCUCGACAUAGCUGUAGGUAGGAAGGUACAUGUUGCAA